AACCAAAAGCUAUACGAUUUGCCAUUGCCAACCAGGGACUAUUGACAAGUUCACUGUUUACCUUUAUUUGUCCAAAGCCUUAAUUCUUUUUCACUUGCAGUAUAGUAGUAAUUCCAAGAUUACUCUCUCUUUCCUUUCUCAGCCACAACUCUCACAUGAUAUCCCCCUCAACCCAAUAUCCAUGUUAGAGUGAGGGACUGUGUGACCGAAGCAGAAAAAUGCGCAACGCCCCAUUGGGGUGCACCGAGUCUAAUAGAAAUCAACCCAAAUUCACUAUGCCGCCUCCUCUUGAUCUCAGAGAAUUUCAAGACAAGCUCACCACCCACUUCAGGCCAUUCCAACGCUCCUUUCAGUUCUGGGUCCGAGCUGCCGAUAUCUACUCCGGUUACAAGGCGUUUCAGCUACGAGUGACAUUCGAGAAAGAUGUGCAGAAGCAAGAAGCAAUGUGGGAAAGGCAGCAUGAGAUUGCAGCUGAUAAGAUUUAUAACAUGUGCUCUGAUCUUGGUGGGUUUUUUCUCAAGAUUGCUCAAAUUAUCGGCAAACCUGACUUGGCCCCGGCUGCAUGGGUUAAAAGACUCGUUACACUGUGUGAUCAAGCCCCCACAACCCCCUAUCUUGUCGUUCGAGUUGUGCUAGAGAAGGAGUUGGGCCGAAAUGUUGAUGAAUUGUUUGAAAGAUUUGAUGCUGAUCCUAUUGGUUCUGCUUCAAUUGCACAGGUGCAUCGAGCUCGAUUAAAAGGUGCUAAAGAUGAUGUCGUUGUCAAGGUGCAACAUCCUGGCACACGGGAUUUGAUGAUGACGGAUAUCCGUAACCUGCAAGCUUUUGCGUUAUACAUGCAAAAGACAGAUAUCAAAUUUGAUCUCUUCUCUGUGACUAAAGAAAUGGAGAAACAGAUUGGGUAUGAAUUUGACUUCAAGAGAGAAGCUGAUGCCAUGGAAAGAAUUAGACGUUUUUUAUAUGAGAAUAAUAAAAAAGCUCCUGUCAAGGUGCCAAGGGUGAUCCGAGAUAUGGUCACUAGGAGAGUUUUAGUUAUGGAAUAUAUUGAUGGUACCCCAAUACUGAAGCUUGAAGAUGAAAUAUGUAAAAGAGGCAUAAAUCCUGGUGGUAAGAUGGCAACAGCAGCAAAGCGGAACAUCCUCAAAAGUUUGACUCUUGCAUAUGGUCAAAUGAUACUGAAGAGUGGUUUCUUCCAUGCAGAUCCCCAUCCUGGAAAUAUUCUCAUCUGUAAAGGUUCAGAGGUUGCGUUGCUUGACUAUGGGCAAGUGAAGGACCUCCCAGACAGCUUAAGGCUUGGAUAUGCUAAACUGGUUCUUGCUAUUGCUGAUAAUGAUCCGAUAAGGGCAUCAGAGAGCUACAGGGAGCUGGGCAUAGAUACCUUGAGCAAGUGUGAGGAUGAACAAAAGGAAAUGCUUAAGUUGGCACAGACAAUGUUUGAUACCAAGAUGCCACCUGGCAUAACAAUGUUGCAGCCUUUUUCCGAAGGAUCUUCAAUUAAGAAAAUUUCCGUUCAGGCUUUUCCGGAGGAACUUUUUUCUGUUCUACGUACCGUGCAUCUUUUGAGAGGCCUUAGUGUUGGUCUUGGUAUCAACUACUCAUGCGCAGAGCAGUGGAGACCAAUCGCAGAAGAAGCGUUGUAUCUUGCUGGCAGACUAAAAGGCGAGGAUCUAAAGACUAAACAACGUAGACGUGGUCUCUUUGGAAGAUUAUUGGGGAGAGCGGUUAGUUUGUGAAGAUGUGUGCAAGUCUUGAAUCGACCUCGAAGAUAUCAUCAUUCCAAUUCGCGAUCGUAACUACCAGUAUGUUUUAUAGAAGGAAAAAGCAAUUGCAAGUAAAAGAGUAAUUUCUUUCAUAAAUUAACACAAGCUAGCUCUUCUGGGUUGUGCGCUUUUUUUUUUUUGUAUAUCAGAACUACAUUCCUCAUUCAUUACCACAAUUCCUUGUAGCUUCUUCCUUUAAGCAUCUUGAAACAUUUCAAAGGAGUUGUUCGCUUCACUGUGGAUCCCAGAAUAUGUUCAUCUUUUCCAAACUGUUCAGUUUUCUUAGUAUGCAUAUCUGUACUCCCAACAAGAAAUGUGGACAAGUCCUAUGGUGAAUUUGAUGAUAUCUUGAUUUCUGCUUUCCAA